UUUAGAAUUUAUUGAAACAACAUGCUAUUGGCUUAUGUCCAUGGCAUAUGUAGUCGGAAGUCCUCGUUUAACUGCUUUAGAAGAACCCAUUUUUUGAGUUCUACCCGUUUCUUAUUUCCCUCCAAACGACGCCAAGUACGAGCUCCUUCUCUCCAUCUCUCCUGUUUAUAUACAACCAGAGAGAAGUCUGUCAAUAGUUCGAAGCCAAUACUGCAUCCGAAAAUAACCAUUUUAGGUGGAGGCUUUGGUGGUCUUUACACCGCAUUGACACUAUCGCGUUAUCCUUGGACGAGGCUAACCAAACCCAAGAUUACUCUCGUUGAUCGGUCAGACCGUUUUGUGUUUUUACCCAUGUUGUACGAAGUAGCUUUUGGACAGUUGGACAAGUGGCAAGUGGCGCCAACGUUUUCUCAGUUAUUGCAAGGAACAGAUGUUGAGUUUGUGUUGGGACAAGUUGAAAAAGUUGAUGUACAAAAGUCAACUUGUGAGAUAUUUUCCACCAAAUAUGGGCAAAAGGAAUUUUAUCAUGAUAGAUUGGUUAUUGCCAUCGGUACGGAACCAAGUUUGUCAUCAGUUCCUGGUGCCGACAAGUAUGCAUUACCAUUUCGUACAUUGGAACACGCCGAACAACUGAAACAGAAAUUAGUCAACUUAACCAAGAUGAGACGUCAACAGAACAGGAAACCUGUUAUUUUUGUAAUCGGUGGUUCCUACUCCGGUGUUGAACUAGCUUCCAAUGUUGCAGAAUACUUUCGAGGAGAGGCAAGAGUAUGCAUCGUGGAUCGAGGAAACCGUUUACUUGAUGCUGCAAGUGAACACAACAGAAAUGUUGCGUUGCAAACUCUUCGUUCUUUGAAUGUGGAAUCAUUGUUGGAUAUGGAAGUGAGUUGCGUCACUGAGAAUGCUGUGUCGCUAAAGUCGAUCCAAGAAUCAACCCAAGAGUCGGAGAAGAAGUUCGAUGCCGAUUUAGUAUUAUGGACUGCAGGUUUUAAACCUUCUUCAUGGUUGCAAUUUGUUGCAUUAGAAAAGGAUCCAACAGGACGUAUUCUUACGUCGAGUACUUUACAAGCUACAAGGCAUGAUAAUAUAUUUGUUCUAGGAGAUGCUGCAGCAGUGACAGAUGUCAACGGACAAAGAUGUAAAGCCACUGCUCAAGUAGCCAUCCAACAAGCAGAAUGUGCUGCUUGGAAUAUUUGGGCAUCGCUUUGCAAUAAGAAACCGGUUCCAUUUCGAUAUGAACAUUUGGGAGAAUUGAUGACGCUAGGAAAGUAUAAUGGGACUGCUGAAGUUUUCGGAAUACCUUUAAGUGGGACAUCUGCACAGUUCACUCGUCGAUUAGCUUAUCUUUUUCGUAUGCCAACGAAUUUACAUCGUUUGAAAGUGGGUCAGAAUUGGGUGUUUAAGCCGGUUUCCUGUUUCUUUGAGAACUUUAGCUUUCCUUUGUAAAAUCCGGCUUUUAGAUUUUACAUGU